AUGGCCUCGGAGCGGAGUCCUUUGCUGCUCCCUAGUGGGAGCUCUACGGCCAACAAUCAUUAUAAUCAUAGUCAACAAGAAGAGACUAGCGACAACAUGACAGAAUCCGACGUCGAUGCUGCUGCAGUGCGUCGCGCUCUGCGCAAGGUGGACUGGCGGUUGAUUCCGCUGCUGUUUGUCACGUAUAUGCUCAAUUUCAUGGACAAGGCGAUUCUGUCGAGCGCGUCAGUGUUUGGCCUGAUUGACGAUACACAUCUUGUCGGCCAGCAGUACAGCUGGGUGUCGAGCAUCUUCUACUUUGGCUAUUUCUUCUGGCAGUAUCCCACCAACAUCCUGAUAGCCCGGCUGCCCGUGGCCAAAUACCUCGCCAUCAACACCUUUUUCUGGGGCGCCAUCGUCGCUCUGACUGCUGCAUGUGUCAACUACGGCGGCCUGCUGGCCGUGCGUUUCCUGCUCGGUGUCGCCGAAGCCACCAUAACCCCGGCGUUCAUGUUCAUCACCACCACCUGGUACACGCGCGACGAGAUCCCCUUUCGCACGGGCAUCUGGUUCUCCGGAAACUCGAUUGGCGGGCUCGUCGCCAGUCUGCUGGCCUACGGCGUCGGCCAUAUUGAGCAUCCACUGCAUCCCUGGAUGUGGAUGUUCAUCAUCCUCGGCCUGGCCACGUUUCUCUGGGCCUUUGCGCUGCUCUUCCUCCUGCCGGACAGCAUCUCCAACGCAAAGUUCCUCACGCCGCACGAGCGAGAGAUAAUGACCAACCGGGCCAUCAUCGCCGGCACCGGCCGUACGGAGCAGACGCACUGGCGAUGGGACCAGACGCGCGAGUGUCUCGUCGAUCCCAAGACAUGGCACAUCUUCGCGCUGGCGAUCCUAACGCAAAUCCCCAAUGGUGGGACACAGAAUUUUGGAAACUUGGUCAUCAAGUCCUUUGGCUUUACCUCGCUGCAAUCAACGCUCAUCAACAUCCCAUCUAGCGUCAUUAGCGCCAUCACCAUCGCGCUGACAGGCUACCUUGCCGGCCGGUUUAGACAGGUAAACUGCAUCCUAAUAGUUGCCAUUGUCGCGCUGUCUGUUACAGGCAGCGCCAUCAUCUACGCGCGCAGCCACCACGUCACCAAGGGCGCGCAGCUCUUUGGCUACUUCUUACUAGCCACGGGUCCCAGCGUCCUUCCACUCGUCAUGUCGCUCGUGCAGGCCAACUACAAGGGCGUCACGAAAAAGAUGACCAUGACAGCCAUGAUGUUCAUUGCCUAUUGCGCGGGCAACAUUGCCGGUCCACAGUUCUUCAAGACCUCCGAGGCUCCCGCAUACCAGACCGCGUUCCGCGCGAUUUUGAUUUGUUAUAUCAUCUCUGCCGCGUUGGCUGUUUCGUUGCGCGUUUACUUGCAAUUCACGAAUGCCAGGCGAGACCACGAGGAAGGUGUUGUUGGAAACGCUGGCUCGUCUUCUGGCGUCGUGGCUGGAGGCAAAGUGGCCGAUGUCGUCGAGGCUGUGAGGGAUGCAUCGCUCCAGCCAGAGGAUUUCGACGACGUGACUGACUGGCAGACUGUUGGGUUUCGAUAUCGUCUUUAG